UUUUAAAAGAGAACAGAGCUUCAUCAGAGCUUCUGAUUGUUACUACUUGAUGGGGACCACUGUUAGCCUGUAGCUAAUGUUAGCUACCAAACAUCAACAGGAAGCAACGGGCUAGCUAAAUUCCAAUGUCCUGCACUUUGAGUUCUCCAGGCAUGAACUGUACCUUAGAGAAGGUUUUGGCAGAUGCCAAAUCUUUAGUGGAAAGGCUUCGUAACCAUGACAAUGCUGCUGAGAUGUUGAUCGAACAGACAACAUCGCUCAACAAGCGAGUGGAGGCCAUGAAACAGUACCAGGAGGAGAUUGACACACUGAACCAGGUUGCACGACAUCGGCCUCGUUCCAGUCUGGUCCUGGGAAUCCAGCAAGAAAACCGUCAGAUCAGAGAGCUCCAGCAGGAAAACAAAGAGCUACGAACGUCACUGGAGGAACACCAGUCUGCAUUAGAGCUCAUCAUGACCAAAUACAGGGAGCAGGUGUUCAGGCUCCUCAUGGCAAGCAAGAGGGACGACCCCACCAUCGUGACUCAGCUGAAGGAACAGCACACCACGGAAAUGCAGGCACACAUAGACAAGAUCAAUGAAAUGGCAUCUGUGAUGAGGAAGGCGAUAGAGGUGGAUGAGGGGAGGAUAUGUGAAGACGAGGAGAGAAUUAAACAGCUGGAGCUGGAGAACAGUGGACUUCGAGAGCUGCUGGGAAUCAGUCGCGAGGCUUUCCUCGUCCUAAAGCGAGAAGACGCAUCAGAGAGCACGUCGCUGUCGCCGCUGCUGACCAGCGCGGACGUCAGCUUACGAAAAAGUUAGAGCUCAGGUCACUGCCCAGCCCCCUACCCACCAACUGCUGCCACUACUGUGUACAGUGUGUACAGUCUGUCACCACCAACCACUUCACCUUUUCACCCUAAAGACUCUUCCAGUGAUCCCCCCCUGCUCUUCUGGUGCAUUUGCGGCAUCAUGCUAUAGAGUUGCAUCCCCAUCUGGUGAUUCAGACACAAGCAGUCACACCUUUCUUUCUUUCUUUCUUUCUUUCUUUCUUUCUUUCUUUCUUUCUUUCUUUCUUUCUUUCUAUUUGUUGGUACUUCUGUUAUGUUUGCUAAUUUUGCCAGCAUCUAUGAGUCUGUGGUGCCUGCAAGGUUUUAAAGUGUGAAUGAGUAAAAGAAGGGCUUGAGUUAAAAUAAAUCUGUAAACAUAAAA